GACAUUAAUGAUUUGCUUGGUAAUGACGGCGACGCCAUCAUUUCUUUGUCACGCCUGAAAGACAAAGACACAUCAGAACUGUUAGAACCGAGAAACUAGCUGGUAACGGUAGAUGUUUCUGUCUCUUGUCGUUUAUCUCAGCAAGUUUUGCCGUUAUUUCUCCAUGUUUAGCACCGACAGACUCACGGUUCCUGAAUAUGUCAGUUAUCGGCUACACAACCGGAGGACGAGCUCUGGCCCCAAGGCUGUGUCUCCGGGGAUCAGCACCGACGUCCAGGCCGUGUUGGACGGCUCUCUCCCCGCGCUGCGCUCCGCCAUCAAAACACUCAAGUCUUCAAAAGACACUGGAGAUGUGGAGGAGACCCGCCGGGCCAUAGCUGAGACUUUCCAGCUCGUCGAGGAGGCCUGGGUCCUGCCCACAGUGGGCCGACAGGUAGCGGAGGAGAUCUGCAACAGGAUCCGGCUGGAUGGGGGUCUGGAGCUGCUCUUGCUGCUGCUGCAGACACCGGCUGUAGAAAUCACAUACGAGUCUGCCAAGCUCCUUGAGCAGAUUUUGGUCUCAGAAAACAGAACACAUUCCUACAUUAAAUUGAACAUUUUCCCCCUGGAUCUUUCUACUCAGAUAUUUCAGGAGAUUGGAGCUGUUCAAAGUCUAAAGAGGAUCGUCAUGUACUCCAGUAACGCCACCGUCUGCUCUCUGGCUAAGCGGGCCUUAACAAUGAUGAGCGAGGACGUCCCGAGGCGUAUCCUUUCAUCUGUACCCAACUGGAAGAGCGGAGAGGUACAGACCUGGCUGCAGCAGAUUGGCUUCAGUGCAUUCAGUGAACGGUUUCAGGAACUGCAGGUGGAUGGAGAUCUCCUGCUCAAUAUCAAAGAACAGGAUCUGAUCCAGGAUCUGAGCAUGACUUCUGGGCUCACUCGCAAGAGGUUUCUUCGAGAUCUGCGUGUACUGAAAACCUAUGCCAACUACUCCACAUGUGACCCCAAUAACCUGGCAGACUGGCUAGCUGAUAUAGACCCACGAUUCCGUCAGUACACCUAUGGCUUGGUUCAGUCAGGAGUCGAUCGGAACAAUAUCAUCCACAUUACAGAACAACAGUUGCUGUCUGACUGCCAUGUAGAGAAUGGAAUCCAUCGUGCAAAGAUCCUUUCUUCUGCUCGCCGUCCUGCUAAACCCUGCUUAACCGAUUCCCAACCCGCGGGCCCUGAUGUGUUCAUCAGCUACCGUCGCACUACGGGUUCACAGCUUGCCAGCCUACUGAAGGUGCAUCUACAAUUGCGUGGUUUCAGCGUCUUCAUCGACGUGGAGAAACUGGAAGCUGGCAGGUUUGAGGAGAAACUGAUCACGAGUGUACAGCGAGCACGCAACUUCAUUUUGGUGCUGUCAGCCAACGCGCUGGACAAAUGCAUGGGCGACGUGGCUAUGAAAGACUGGGUUCAUAAGGAGAUUGUCACCGCCCUGAAUGGGAAGAAGAACAUUGUUCCUGUCACUGAUAACUUUGUGUGGCCUGAUCCAGCCUCUCUGCCAGAGGACAUGAGCAGCAUUCUCAAAUUUAAUGGCAUUAAGUGGUCCCAUGAGUAUCAAGAAGCCACUAUCGAAAAGAUUCUGCGCUUCCUCAAGGGAUGCCCAAGCAAAGAGCAACCAGAUGGAGCAAAAACAGACAAAAAAGAGCCACAAAAGAAAUAAAACAUACAUCUGACCAAUAAAAAGCAUUUUAUUAUGCCUAAAAAGUUGGUGUUUCCAAUAAUGACCACAGUGUAAUCAGAACACACCUGCUUACCCCUGAGGCCAGUGUUUCCUUUGGUUGUAUGCAUGUAUGCUGGUCUAGAUAGAUACAUAAGUGUAACCUACCCAAAGAUGCAACGGAGUUUACAAGGUGCGGUCACAUUAGCAAAGUUUUGGCAAUAUUUUACAGGGGAAUAACAGUCCAUCUUGUCAAUUGUGUAGCAAUAUAUGAAGCAUCACUAACAUAAAAGUCACUUUCAAACCAAGUAGCUGUCUGUUGGUCAAUGUGGCGAGUUUGUGUGACUUAACCUGAACCCGUUGUGAAAUCUGCACGGGGACAUUUUUCACCAUCACAUGAUGGAUUCCUAUAUACUGAUUUGAGUUUUUUCGCAAAAGUAAAUGUGACCGCACUUUAAAGAUUAUUCUGAGUUAUUGACAGCAUUUGCGGCUCUAAAUAACACUGAAUACUUCUUAAAUUGUGCAUUAGUAAUCAAACUGUACUGACUGUGCUCCCAGAAUUGUGUUACAUUUCUGUAACUCAGGAAGCUGAAACGAUUUCUGCAUUACGAGUCGUAUUUAUGACAUCAGCAUACAUCUAAGCAUAGUCAAUCCAUAGUCAGAUAGUACUAGAUAAUAUCGCAUUAUAGAAAGCCUUAUGAAAUGUUAAACAUCAGUUUUUAUAUUUCCUUUAUUCUAGUUCAGUUAGUUAAUCCACAAAUAGUCCAUUCUUUUUUCUAACUACAGGUUUGUGCAGGUUGUUAUGUUAAGUAAGUUCUGAUAUUAUGUACAGUGCAUCAUUCAAAAGGUAAAUAACACAUUUUUCACAACAGUUCAUAAAGCUCAAGAUUAAUCAUUAUAGUUAUUAAUCACUUCAUGCAGUAUUAGAAACAAACCCUGAUAAAACCGUUUCAGGACUCAAAAGACUGGUGUAGAGGCUUUCUUAGGAUUUGCGAGAAUAUUAUGCAGCAAUUUUAAGUCAAUGAUACAUUUUCAGUCACUGUGAAAAUGCAUUCGGUCAAGGAAAAUAUGGAUGAACAUUUACUAACAGCUCUCAACACCUCAAGCUCUAUGCUGCUAUUGAGCUCCCUGUUGUUGCCUUAUGAUAUUUAUCCGAGUGUUUCAGGUGUAAUACAGCGUGUAAAAUCUGUACAAUUAAAUAAUUAAAUGUUCUUUUAUUUCCAGAAAUAAACAGCAAUAAAGCUUGUUUUGGAAAA